AUGAAAGGAAUUUUAGUGAGUUUGUUUAUGUUGCUAGUUGUGGUAGUGCAACUAGGAGAAUCGAUUAAUUGUGGUGAAGUUGGUGGAGCACUAGCCCCUUGUGUGCCUUAUUUGACACAAGGUGGAGAUCCAUCAGGUUCAUGUUGUGAUGGUGUGAAAAAAGUAGUAGAAACAACUCCAACACAGCAAGAUCGGCAAGUUGCUUGUGAAUGUAUGAAAUCUGCUGCUGCUCGUUAUCCUAAUGUUAAGCCAGAUGCUGCAUCUAAUCUCCCUUCACGCUGUGGUCUUACUACUCCUAUCCCAAUCUGA